AUGGCCAUGGCCAUGACCAUUCUCCACAAAUUCCAAAUAAUUGGAACAAGAUCAUCUACAACUUUUGUUGAGGGAUUGUAUAGGUGUCACAUGGGGAGAAAGAUUAUCAUUUCCCCACAGAGCGUGAUUCAGCGUCUUGGCCGUGGUGAUGAGCCGAACACACCAUAUCCUACUUGGAGGGCCCUAGAACUUAUGUGCAUUGAUGAGGUCUAUUUGGAGAAGGAUUGGCCUUUUUCGGCUAAAAAACCAAGAAACUAUUUUGCGAAGAGGAUUUACCUCAAUGGUUUUCAGACCAUACACGGAGAAAAAGCCAUCCAAGAGGCACUCGAUAAGAAGUUGCCCGUGAUGUGCUGCGUAGCAGCCCAUGAAUCACUUGCGUCUUACAAAUGGGGUAUUUUGGACACCCAAAAAUUCUAUGGAAGGACAUGCAUGACAUAUGGGGAAGAUGUUUGGAGCUUGUUCCAUAAUUGUGGAUACGGUGAGGGAUUCUACAUGAUGUGUCUAACUGGCCAUGGAAUAUUUAAGGGAAAACAAUACUGGAGAGCCCAGAAUUCUGGAGGAGAAACUUAUGGAGAAAAAUGA